CGAGGGAGUCUGUUGUGUUUCCUCCUGUUCUUUAUCAAAAGUCCCCAAAAUAAGCAGGAAUGGGCAGUGACUAGGCACAGUCUUUACACACCUUUUUCCAUGGAGUAAUUAAGGCCUGCCUGAGAGUCAGAGAGCACUCCCUGCCCAGCUGUGCAAGGGAGAGCUGGCAGCACCACCACCACCACCAAGCAUGAAGCUCCUGAGGAUUGCCUUCUUUUUCCUAGCUCUGCUGUGUGUUUGCACUGUGGGAGAAGAUGAUGCUCCAGACAGUGUCCUCCCAGCAGCCACUUCUGCAUCAGCAUCAAAACCUGUAACAGAAAGUGUGAAAGCAGCAGAUUCCCAAGCAACAACAUUGGAAGCAUCAGUGCUGACAACAACUGCCACCAGAACUACAGUGGAACACACAAGCACCUCCCUGCCUUCUCCACCUACAACUACACAGCAAAUCACACAAGGUGCAACAACACAACCACCAACAAAAGUGGCCACUACAACAGCAGCAGCAGCAGCAGAUCAAACAACAACAAGCAUUGCAGCUCCACAAGAAAAUGGAACACAAUUGACACCACAAAACAGGACUUUGGAGGCUCCAUCUACCAAGGGAUCGACUUUGUCUUCUACAACUUCUCUACAAAAAACCACUUCUACAUCUGGGAGCUCAGACCUUCACUUGAGCUCCCCAACAAAAUCAACAGCUUCUGGCAGCACUGGAAGCAGCUCUGGAAACAAGAAAGGAACUGAGAGUGCUAUCCACUAUUCCAGUGUUAUCUUGCCAGUUGUCAUCACCCUGAUAGUCAUUACUCUUUCUGUCUUCUCACUGGUGGCUUUGUACAGAGUGUGUCAGAAGAAAACUCCAGAGAGACAAGAGAAUGGCACUGAACAGGCCCAGUCAGAUAAAGAAGGGGUCAAACUGCUUUCUGUGAAGACAACUUCUCCUGAGACUGUUUUUGUAGCAGUGUGUGAUAUACAUGAGGUUGGCUUCUCCCUGCCCUCUGCCAACCUCUGUGAGCCCCCAGCUCCUGCUGCAUCAGGAGAGGUGUCACAAGGCAGGAGCACAGGAGAGCACUCAGCCCAGGGCAAGAGCAAAACUCGGCAGCUCUUCACCCCUCAGCAGUAAAUCUGUGUCAAGCUGCCUGUUUAACCCCAAUGUGCAGGAAGAUGCCACCAGAGUUGCAGUUGCACAGAAACUGUGGAGCAGCAGAAGCUUUUUACCAAGCAGGACACUUGGGUUAAUGACCAGCUCAUGACUUGUAAAUCUCAAGUGUCUCCUGACCCUUUUGGAAUGACACAUAAUUUUUUUGAUGGCUUAAUAACUGGUAUAUCAUAUGUAUUUAUUUUCACAUAUAGUAAAAGCUGAAAAACUUUCAAGGAGGUUGAAAAGAAUGUAAAAAAUCAGGUGGUGUUUGCAUAGUAGUUACUAAAAUAUUUUCUGCACACACAGGAAGAUGUUAGCAUACUCUGAAUUUAGGGUAGAUAGGGUUCUUUUAAUUGUAUGUAGCAAAACACAACCAGGGCCUGACCCUUGAAACAGUACAGGGCAAAUUGCCACUAUGAAAAUGAACUCAGUGAUUUCCAUGGGACUCCUGACUGUAGCACAUACUUUGCUUGUCAUCAUUGUUUACAGGCUGGGAUGCUUGGGGGAAAUGCUGGGUGGGGGGUGUGCUUUUUUUCUGUGAAGGGGGAAAUAUACCUUGCACUGAGGCUCUUUGAAGUUCUGUGAAUUAUUGGAGAUGCUCCUUGUGAUGUAGCAGGCAAGAUAGUUUGUUUUCACCUGUUCUUGGCUGACUGCAUCACCUGUGCCUCAUAUACAGCCUGGGGGGCAAGAAAGGCAUCAGCAAGAUAAGGAAAUGCCCAUGUGAACCUUUUUCUCUCUGUUCUAAGGAAUGUGUGGGAUUCCUGUGGGUUGUUGAGUAACUCUGGAAGUUUAAAGAGUGUUUCAAGUGCUAAUUACGGACUCUCUUAAUUUGUACAGAGCUGGCAAUUCAAAGCUAUCAAGCAGUGCCUCUACCUGAGUGUAUCCUACUUUUCUAGAAAGAGAAAUGUUUGAAAAUGAUAUUACUGUGAGCAUCUGCUCAGUCUCAAUCCACUGGCUCUGGUAGCAUGCCAAGAACCUCCAUUGUUUUAUUGGCAAAUGGAAAGAAGGCACCUGGCAGUGGAAGAGCAGGACCAAGAGUCAGGGUGAUGAUCUGAGUUUUGAAACCUAUUGAUACAAUGCUUUGGAGGAGCUGCUCUCUAGGAUUUCCCUCUGUGAAAUAACAAAGCUUCUCUGGCAGUGUGGUAAGAGAUUGAGCAGAUUUGUUAGUUGAUGUUUCUAUGUGAAGCUGAAAAGUGUUCAUUUCCUUGUGUCUGACCAUUGCUUUUACUUCUGCUUGGGUGUGUCCUAUAAUCCUCUGUCUUAGUGGCACCAAGAGAAACUUUCUAUGAAGCUCUGUAAGAAAUAGGGAACCAAUAAGUGUCCUCCAGGCUGCAGCUGAACUGACAGGGUUCACUCUGGUAUUCCUGGAUCACUCGGAUUGCUCAGGAGCAGAGGAGUCUUGGAUGCUUACUUUGGACAGGUCAGGCCAUCUAAAAUAUGCUACUGGGCAUCUGUAACUAUUGAAAUUCCUGAUUGAUAAAGCUUACUGUGGGGAAAAAAAAAAACAAACCAAAAAAACCCAGACAGUGGAGGAUUUUCAUGUUGAUUUAAAAGAAGUAUUUUGUAGCAUGUGGCAUCACACUGAAGGGACAGUAGAAAAAAAAAUCAGAGAAAGAUUAUGAAAUAUAUAUAUAUAUAUAUAUUUGUGCAAAAUUUGUUCAGAAACCAUCACGGUGUGUCAAGAAAAAAAAAAUAACUGCCUAUUAAAAGUUAUUCUCUUUA